AUGAAAAACCUGGCCUACCGGUCGCCGGAAAUCCUCUACAACCUGGACUGUACUAACCGUGACCCACACAUACCUGACCCGGAGCAGCCGAUUGACGAGUACAACUUCACCGGUUUGGAGUACACAGCUGCUGAUGGCACCGAGCUGUCGCCAUCUAUUGACCUUCUCCACGGACGACAGCCGCUUUCACCAACCGGUGUACCUUCUGGAAGGCGUACGGAACGGCUUCGAAAUUUCCUCACGGCACCGGCCCUGAAGAAUCGGAAGAAACUGGUCUCGUUGCUUGUCAUGCUAUCCUGGUGGUCAGGGAUGAUCCCACAGUAUGCCCGGACCAUGGAUUCACUCACCCGGCUAACGAAGAAGAACUCCGUGUUUUAA